GGUUGGUUGAAAAGGCGUGUGUGUGUUGAUCCCUAUUUAUACUUUAGGGCUAAUAAGCUUAAAGGGUAGCGUGUGUGUUCCCAUUCCCUGUGGUGAAAGGCUAAGGAGGAAGAUGGUGCUUUCGGAGGAGGAAAUGGGUCGUCUGUACCGAAUAAGGAAGACGGUGAUGCAAAUGCUUCGGGACAGGGGUUUUCUGGUGGGUGACUUCGAGAUCAACAUGUCGAAGCAUGAGUUCAAGUCCAAGUACGGCGAGCACAUGAAGCGCGAGGACCUGGUCAUCAACAAGUCCAAGAAGGACAACUCCGGCGACCAGAUCUACGUCUUCUUCCCCGACGAGCCCAAGGUCGGCGUCAAGACCAUGAAGACCUACACCAACCGCAUGAACUCCGAAAACGUCUAUAGAGCCAUCCUCGUCACCCAGACCAACCUCACCCCCUUCGCCCGCACCUGCAUCAGCGAAAUCUCCUCCAAAUUCCACCUCGAGGUCUUUCAGGAGGCCGAACUUCUCGUUAACAUUAAAGAGCAUGAGCUUGUCCCCGAACAUCAGGUUCUCACUGACGCCGAGAAGAAAACCUUGCUCGAGAGAUACACUGUCAAGGAAACUCAGCUACCUAGGAUUCAGGUCACAGAUCCUGUUGCAAGAUAUUAUGGAUUGAAGCGUGGACAAGUUGUCAAGAUUAUCCGGCCAAGUGAAACUGCUGGCAGAUAUGUGACAUACCGAUUUGUUGUAUAAGAAUUUGCUUUAACAUAUUUGGUUAUACUGUCAUAGUGAUGGAUAGGGAUAUAAAGCCUUCUUUUUGCAAGGGGGGAACUCUUGAUUUACAAGGAAAUGAAAUGUGUGUUUGUUUCUGUUUAUUAUAGACUAUCAAGUUCUUUUGGUAAUUUAGUGACAAGGAGAGCGGAGGGAGGUUCAUUUCUUUUGUCA